AUCACCACUAGUUUCCAUCGUUAUCGAUAACUCUCUUAAAACGUGCGCUCUUCUUUCCAUUCCAAAAGAUAAAUAAAAACACCUGAACCGGCAUGAAAUUCGUAAUUGAGAGCAUCAGCAAGAAUUCCGGCCGGUUAGGUCAUCUACGGAUUAGGGAAGGAGGUCCUGACCUAAAGACACCACUCUUAUUGCAAACUACAAAGGGUGGCAGCAUUCCGUGGUUGGCCGGAGAUGUUUUCGAGCAUCAGGUUAGUCAGGAACCACAGGUGCUUGAGCUCACCUUGUCCAACAUGGGACAUAUGGCCGACGCCCUGCAACAAUGGAAUAACCAGGGCAGAGGAGUGAGCGACUACGUUGGAUUUCCCGGUAACCCGAACUUGCUACUUUUGCGAGAUCCCUGCGAAACAACACCGUCGGGUAGCAACGAUCGUGACAUCCAGCCUUUGUUUACGAGAAGGGGAAGGGAGUCCCUCACUGCUGAAACCUACAUAGAAAUGGUGGCCAAAAUUCAGCCUGAUAUCUUUCAAGGACUUUCGGAUGCUGAUACCAAUGCAGAAAGCUCCAAAAAGAGGGCCCAAAAAUCGGUGGACAGAACAGAAAAGUUCAUGCAGUACAUCUAUGAGCAAAGUGGAAAGGUGAGGGGCACCCUCUUGGCUCCUAUUGUAGGUGGAUACAAUACAUUUGCCCGGACGCAGUCUAUAAAGCACGCAAGAGAACAACCGGCUGAGAGCUAUGGCGGCUACGUCCUAGAAGGAUUCCACAACAAUGGUUUGUCGGCCACUUCUCUAGAUACUUCGAAGCUUCUGCCCAUUGUGGAGCACUGUGUUAAGCAGUUGGAGGAAGAUAAACCAAGAAUUAUUCCUGGUGCCUACACACCAUUAACCGUGCUGGAACUUAUCCGCUUGGGCAUUGAUGUUUUUGACACGUCCUACGCUUACUGUGCGACACACAACUUUAAAGCCUUAACAUUUACCUUUGUGAAGAAUGAAAAGGAGGACAAGCCCUUCCUAGACAUCACGGAUGAUACUAUUAAGGAGGAGUUUACGCCUCUGCUCAGGGACUGUAGCUGCUUAACCUGCCAGAAACAUACGCGUGCGUACCUGCAUCAUCUCUACAAAACCAACGAGCUUCUAGGACCAAUAUUGUUAAUGAUUCACAACCUCCACCACUACAUGGCUUUCUUCGAGAGGAUACGGGAGGCAGUAGCCAACGACACGUUGCCAGCUCUAACAGAGCUUGUGAAAACCCAGAAUGGCAAAUCCUCUUCGGACUUCUCUAUUGUUCAAAAUACCAAAGUUAUUAGCAAAGCCACAAUGUCCAAGGGAUUCGUAGCGGCAGCCGUCUAACAAUUGAUUUAAGACUAAAGAGUUAUAUUUAAAAAUGAGUGAAAUAAAAUGACUAAUGAGUUAUAUUUAAA